UCUACUUGUGGGUGUAAAAAUGAGGGAUAAAUUGUACAUAUUCUUUAAAAUUGUUAACUAAAAUUUUAUGAAAGCUUACGAGUGCUAUGCUCGCCCGUGCAUGUGUAUAAAAGUUUUUAUUCGGAUAAUGAACAAAGUCCUUUCACAUUUGAAUUUUUCAGUGAGGAAACUUAUAAAGUGUAACAUUUACAAGUGCAAAACAUUAUGUAAAUGGAAAAUGGCUAGUCCAACGGAACAGAAUAAAAAUCGUAUAAUAUGGAUUGACAUGGAGAUGACUGGUCUCAAUGUGCUGGAAGAUAAAAUUUUAGAGCUCGCAAGCAUCAUUACUGACGAUAAUUUGAAUAUUGUCAGUGAUGAGUUUGAAAUAGUUAUUAACCAAUCAGAAUCAAUCUAUGAGUCUAUGAUUCCCUGGUGUCAGGAGCAACACAAAAAAACAGGACUCAUUGAUGCUUCAAGAAAAUCCAUAAACGAUGAACAAAUGGCUGAAGAAAAACUAAUCAUAUUCUUAAAAAGGUACGUUCCACACAAGACUUGCCCUAUGGCAGGAAACUGCUUAUACAUGGACAGGGCAUUUCUUCAGAGGUACAUGCCUAAAGUGUAUGAUUAUUUGGGUGAUGAUGUCAUCGAUGUUGCUUCAAUCAAUGAAUUAGCAAAGAGGUGGAACAAAAAGAUUGAAAAGAAAAAACAAAGAAAAACGGGUGAUCAUAGAGCUCUUGGCGAUAUAAAGGAUAGUAUAGAGGAAUUGUCUUAUUACAAAAAAAAUAUAUUUAUAUGAUUUUUUUAAGAAUAUUUUUGU